AUGUCCGCUCAAGGAUUGUUAAGCAGCGUUUUCUCAUGUUCUCUAAGUCCCAAAACUAUUUCCAAGCGGAGACUGAGGCAGACCAGGAGCUUGGACCCGGCGUUGAUGCGACAUUACGGUACCGAAGUUGAAGAGACAUCGUAUAAGGGUGACAUCACGUGGAACAGCGUGUCAGGACGCAGUGUUGGCUUGAAGCCUGUCCCUCUGCAAAGCCUCUCAGAGUUGGAAAGGGUUCGUCUACAGGACGUGGCCUUCAGGAGAUUGCUUCGGGAUCGCGACCUGGGUUGCAACCUCACCAUCCCUAAAUAUGGCCAAAAGUACAAGAAGUCACUUAGGCGGAAGUUUGAUUCAUUAUCGAAAGAGAAAAGUAAAGACAAAGAGACUAUGCCCCAGGCGUUUGGCAUACCGCUGUCGCAGGUCAUAUCCAACGACCGCACACACAAGCAGCGGCACGACGCCCCGCGGGAGGAGCACAGUGACCCCAGUGAAUUAAUGCUAUCCUUCCUACAUCUAAACUCAAACUUCAAAAGGGGCAACAAGGAGCUCUCCAGCAGCAACUCGUCCCUCAGCUCCACUUCUGAGACCCCCAAUGAAUCACCCCUGCUCAGCACACCAGACGCAGCCCCACGGACACACAGGAGGGGUGGAGUAUCUGUGGAUUGCAUCACUGAUCUUGAUGAUAACCAGUCCCGGCUCUUAGAGGCCCUUCAUCUCUCUCUGCCUGUGGAGGCAGCUGGCAACAGGAAGAAGCGACAUGACAAAAAGCUCAGCCUUAACCCGAUUUACAGGCAGGUGCCCAGGGUAGUGGAUCUCUGCUGCCAGCACCUGGAAAAAUACGGUCUACAGACAGUUGGAAUUUUCCGUGUUGGGAGUUCCAAGAAGAGAAUUCGACAGCUUCGCAAGGAGUUCGACCUGGGAUGGGAGGUGCAUUUGGACGAAGAGCACAGUGACCACGUUAUAGCUGCGUUACUGAAAGAGUUCCUCAGAGACAUGCCUGACCCCCUGCUGACGAGAGAGCUCUACACAGCCUUCAUCAACACAAUGUUGCUGGAUUAUUCAGACCAAGAGAGCGCCAUCCAGCUGCUGAUAUUUCUGCUUCCUUCCUGUAACAGCGACACGCUGCAGCGCCUCCUCUGCUUGUUGUCCACAGUGGCUGCACAUGCUGAAGACAGCCUGGACAAUGAUGGACGAGAGAUCACAGGAAACAAGAUGACAUCACUCAAUUUAGCAACAAUCUUUGGACCCAACCUCUUACACAAGACGAAAAACGCAGACAAAGAGUUUGCAGUGCAGAGUUUUGCCCGUGCAGAGGAGAGCACAGCCAUCAUCAGUGUGGUCCAGAGGAUGAUCAAUACAUAUGAUACACUAUUUAUGGUCCCUGCUGACCUGCAGAAUGAGGUGCUGAUGAGUGUGCAAGAAACUGACCCUGAUGUUGUGGAUUACUUACUGCGAAGAAAGGCCUCCCAGUACUCUGAGCCUGGCCUUCUUAGAACAGAGGAGUCCUUCUCUCUGACUGAAAGAUGCUCCUCCAAUGACUCCAUCAAAGCAUCCAGUGGAGAGGUGUCUCCCUAUGACAACAACUCUCCUGUCCUGUCAGAUCGACUGACGUUUAAAUUCCCAGAGGACAGCAGUCUCUUCUCAGAAAGGAACCCCAGACUUUCAGGACAGUACAAACUCAGCGGCCGCUCUAAAGACGGAUCUGGCAGCACUUCCCCGACACUCUCUAUGGAUAAAGAGGCCUCCGCUGAUUUCUGGGAUACCUGGCAUGAACUGUUCAACAAAGAGUUUACUGGCCACCACACCACUGGCUCCCUCGGAGACGUGUCGGAAUGUGAGUCGUUUGGCUCUUCAGAGGGUCUGAGCAGUCACCAAGGUAACAACAAGCUGCCCGUCAGACCAGCGCAAACCUCAUUGGGCGUGCUGGAUAUCAGGCCACACCCCCCAGUGACUCGCAGCAGCAGUGGUCCUCAUGACCAGAGAGGACAGAGACAACCUCAAUCAUCAUUACAUCAGGGACUGAGCGGCCAAUCAGGAGCCCUCAGCUCGGACAACUUAGCAGGAAGGACAGGACACCCUGCAUGUUCAUUACUUAAGGUGAGGACAGAUGGUUUGUCCCCCCUUGAUUACUCGGGACAGCUGAGGGAGACGCAUAUUUCUUAUUCCACGCCCUCCCUCUUCACAAAUCAGCCUGACCCCCGUGCACCACAGCCAGCCCAGCACAGCUCUGCCCCCCAGACUGUAGAUACAGCAGACGCCUCUGGGCCCGGACAGGAGAAGGGCUCUGCUACACCAAACUGGCAGACGGAGAGGUGGCAUAUAUGGCAUAUACUGUCAAAAGAAAAUGCAGACGCCCUGCCUGAGACCUUGGUGUGAUGCACCCUUUGUGUGUUGAACUAUACUGAAGACAACUUAAAGAGAAAGGGGCCAUCUCCAGUCACUAAAAAAGCUUCUCUUUCCGUAUAUAUGCAGUAUUAGUUAUUGAUGAACUCAUGGAACUUAACACUAACAUCUUAGAUGUGUCAUCAUUUUUGCAGAGGAGUUUAACUGUACAGAUAUUAAUAAUAUUGUGUAUUUAAACAUUAUAUAAAAUGUAAUUUUGUACAGUCUUUUUUGUAGAUUAUUUUAAUUUGUUGUAGUCGUUGAAACAGUAUUUGAAAAACUAAUUAGACUUGAAUGAUAUUAAUUCUUAAUUUGAAGCCAUGAAUGUUUUUUUUAAUGCCGAAUGUAAAGAUAUAUAUUUUGUGUUGUAUUAUUGCUAUAAUGUGUAGUACUGUAGCUUCUAAUACCACCCAUGUAAUGUCACCCAAUACAUACUUUGAAUAUUCAUCUUUGCACCUUUAGGGUGGAUCUGCUUAAGUGACUUUAAAACACAUUGAGAUUCAUUUAUACAGAAUUUGUUGUCGCCAUUAUUUGUAAUUGUAAACCAUUUUUAGCAUUAUGUAAUGACCUAUAUUAUAGAUUUUUUUUCUAUACUCUUUAUAAAAAUGACCGCAGCUUACCACUUGAAAUAUAUCAGGCCUGUCACUAAUGUAGAAAGGGAAUGUUAAAGUAGAACUAACCUGACCCUUUCCCCUAGGAGUUCAUUAAGGACUCAGUAUCAAAUUAAAAUGAAAUGGUUCCUUAAUUAUAGUGGACAGAACAGGUUCUUCUCUCUGGUGUCUGAACUGUAGUCUAGAGGACAAUGAAACCAUUACCUGAACUGGCCACUAGAGGGAAUCAUAAGACCAGGAAAAGGUUUUCCUGCCUCCUCAAACUGUAAUCCUUGUUCAUUGUGGGUAUACGGAGGUUUUUUUAAUGACUCAUUAUGCAUUGAACAGCUAUUAGUUCAGUUAAAUUCCUAUUAGACACCUUUUCCUACCGUGAUAGGGGUAGUGGUGAUUCCAUGUGUUGUGGAAGAUGGCUUUUUAUGUUUGUAAAGCUCUAAUUUUACACUCUUAUCUUCUAUUGCUACCAUUGAAGAGAACAUUUUCUCUGAUCAACUCUUGCUUUAUGUGAAUGAAAGUAAGAGAUUUGCACUGAGACAAUAACCGUAACAUUAACCACUAAAUAAACUUUCAAAGUACUGGAAUCGCAAGAAGUGCCCAGAAUAAGUAUGCAAUUAUACAGAAAAUGGCUAACCAUUGAAGUCUGGUACCGAUCACAGAUAGUACUAAAAAUCUGGCAAUGCAUAUUUGAGGAUAGGACAGUAGUUGCCUUAAAGUUUUGUAAAUGAUUGAGAUUACAGAAAUCGUGUCAUUUAAUGGAUUGUGUUAUAAAUUAGUAUUUUAAAGUGAGUUAUCUUAUUGUGUUUUGACAGUAAAUGUCCUCGCCCUGAUAAUAAAC